UUUAGCUUCUUAUCAGCUGCCAUUUAGCCGGGGUCAAAACAAAAGUUCAUUAAAUCGUCGAAUUUGUGAUAAGCUUGUUCAAUAUUCGACUUUCAUCUCGAGAGCCAGGCAUUUAACGUUAAGUGUGUGUUUGAGAGCCGCUCAUUUGUCAACGAUACACCCCCGGGAACGGUCGCAAAUUUACAUAGCAGGCAGAAGCGUCUGUUUUCCGUCGAUUGUUUUUCCGCCUAUUUUUAAUUGAAAAACAUGGUUUUUAUUACGAAACUCGCACGAGUCGGCGUCCAGGCAGCAAGACAGCUGCGGGCCACGCCCCUUCCCGCCGUGCAGGGCCGUAGUUUCCACCUGACGUGCCUUUUAGCCAAGGAACGUCGCUACACAGUCAAACACGAGUGGGUGGAGGUGGAGGAAGGGAACAAGGCUGUGGUUGGUAUCUCCAGCUACGCUCAGGAGGCUUUAGGAGAUGUGGUCUUCGCCCAACUGCCAGAACCGGGCACUACCCUGAAACAAAACGAUGAAUGCGGGGCCCUGGAGAGUGUCAAGGCGGCCAGUGAAGUUUACUCGCCCGUGAGCGGCAAGGUGACGGAAAAGAAUGGCCAGGUGGAGGACUCGCCGGCCCUAGUCAAUAGCAGCUGCUACGAGAAGGGCUGGCUAUUUAAGGUGGACUUGAAAAACCCCAAGGAACUGGAUAACCUUAUGACCGAGGAGCAGUACAAAUCCUUCCUGAGCAGCAGUACUGACCACUAGACAAGCAGCCAUCCUCUGAAGCAACAACCGAGCAUUUGUUAUCUCCUAACGCACACUCGCAUACACACACCCGAAAAUCUCGCCGCCAUCCAAAAAACACGUUGUUGUAGCUCUUGAAUAUUGUUACGAAUAAGAAUCGACAGUAAAGCCAAA